GUAAUUGCCAAUGGAAUAGUCCCAAAAGUGCAAAUCCUACCCAUCUGGCACUCCACCCCAGACAGGCUCAGUCAAACAGUCCAAGUACUGUUCUGAAAUAUAAGAAAUACUAUUCCCAGUCUGAUGCUAUGGUUUGAUUAUUGUUCACACAAAAUUAAAUAUGCUAUCAAUAAACUGUAAUCUCAUCAUCUCUGAGAGAGGGAAAAAAAUAGAGAGAGGGGGAGAGAGAGGGAGAGCGGCUCAUCACAGAUUGAAGGCGAGCAUCACCGAUACAAAUCCCACAGAUUUUGUGCGAACAAGCUCUUCAAAUCUUUUGACAACGUGACAAUCCUUCAGCGAAUGGAUGAGGGUCAUUUCAGGGCACUUCGUGUGAAAAUGAUCGAAUGGCUAACGACUCGAACAGAUGAUAAUGGUGGAUUGAAGCUGAAUUUAAACUCAGAUUUUGCCGUCCCUCAAAUCGGGUAGGGAGAGUAAUUUCAAUUCAACGGGUUGGAGUGCCAAAUUAUGUAUUUUUUUGCCGACAUGUUGCACAUCAAUUGAAACUUAUUUUCGGUAGAGUUUGACCAGUUUUUCAUUCCCUGUUUUGAUUCAUAUUGGAUGGAUGGUGAGUGAGUGAGUUAUCUAAUAAGUGCAGAUAUCUAUGGACAAUGAAGACCACUCGCAAAUGCAGGGCACUGCUGUCCGUUAGUAUGAAUCUUUUAGCACUAUUUUUCUCAAUAACUGCUUUCAUCACAACAUACUGGUGCGUCGGCACGCAGCGCGUCCCCAAGCCGAAGUGCACUAAACUUCGCACGCACAACUGCAUCGAUUAUGGAGUGAACGAGACGGACCCCAAAGUAGUUGUGUACAGUUGGGAAACGGGGGACGACCGGUUCCUUUUCAGACAGUUCCACACCGGGAUCUGGUUCUCCUGUGCGGAGAAUAUCCAUGAUGAAGGUGAGAAAUGCAGGAGCUUUAUCGAUCUGGCUCCGGCUUCGGAGAGAGGUGUCCUGUGGCUGUCGGUGGUCUCUGAGAUGCUGUACAUAGUCCUGUUGAUAGUGGGUUUCAGUCUGAUGUGUCUAGAACUGGUCCACUCCAGCACCAGCAACAUGAUAGAUGGACUGAAACUGAACGCCUUCGCUGCAAUCUUCACCGUCCUCUCAGGGCUCCUGGGUAUGGUGGCCCACAUGAUGUACACACAGGUGUUCCAGGUGACAGUCACCCUGGGCCCUGCAGACUGGAGGCCCUAUAACUGGGACUACGGAUGGUCCUUCUGCAUGGCCUGGGCAUCCUUCACCUGCUGCAUGGGUGCAUCAGUCACCACCCUCAACUCCUACACCAAGACUGUCAUCGAGUUCCGACACAAACGCAAGACCUUCGUGCAGAGCAUCCGCAAGGAGCAGGCGCGGGAGGCUUUGGGAUACUACCGCGAUCACUCCCUACACUCCAUAUGCCAAACUGUGGAGGUGUACACACAGACGCCGUAUAGCAGUGGUAUUAGGACGCACGUACCGGCCUCGUCAUUAGACCUGAGUGAGGUUUCAGAGACUCUGGGGGAAGACCAGUGCUGAAGGGAGGGAUGCCAGCGGGCAAAACUGGUUACAACUGCUUCACAUUAUGUCGCAAUUAUGUCAUUUUUUAACCAGUUUCUGGUUGUGCUGAUGUUAUUUCAUCGUCAUUUCAACUCGUUUUGCCCGCUGGGAUGAGUCAAAAGUAACUGUAUGAAGUUAGUUCUAUCAAAUUGUGGUCCGUCAUCUGUGUUGGGUCUUUUGGGGAUUCUGUAGCAACUGAAUCAGUUCUAUGAUUGAAUUCAUCACUGCCUUAAUUGAGCCAGGAUGUUCACUCCCUCGUUCCCAGUUUGGACAUUGAUAGCCAUGGAAAGACAGCCUUGUACACACUGAUCAUACAACUAGAUGAUCUGACACACAAGGAAAGCAGCAAUCAAUAACAAUAGCGUUUUCCCCGCCCGUUUCAGUAAAAAGCUGAGGAAUGGAGCUGGAGAAAUGUAACCCCUCUCAAAUUCAGAGACAGAACUAUGGAUGCUUCUAUUUUGGCUUCUAAUGGGGUCAGACAGUUGAACUAAGCCGAUGAGGCAUUAAUGUUAUAUUCUUCAAGAAUUAAUGGCUACAUAUCAUUCAUUUGUAUGUUCAAAAAUGGAUACCCCUUUAAACAAGAUUUGUAUUAGAAUGCCCUCUGAUUUACCUGGAACCCCAUAGGACUGUUUAUGUGAUGUUUUUGCAUGCUAUUAGCCUUACUAAAUUUGGAAUUAGGAAGGGGUGACAAACUGCAUUUAACUCGUAUUUUAAGAAUGUGCACUGCAAAAUAUAGCUAUAAGUGUUUGCAGCAUACACAGUGCCUAUAACGCAUAACUACAUAAAUGUAAAUAAAUGUCAUAAAGUAUAAUGGUUUUGAUCUGUGAAAUCACUGUAAGAUGUGUAUUAUUUUACUUUUGAAGUUACAUAUUGUUUGUUGCCUCAGUGGUAUGUUUACUGCACAUUACUCACUAUCGGAUAAAACAAAAACUGACCACUGGACACCAAUGUUACUUGAGUAUCAUUAUGACCAAUGACUGUGUAUUCUAUUUA